AUUCCAAAACGAAAAAUUCCCAUUCCAAGGUUCUAGGGUUUACUGAUAUUUUAUUUUCCCGUUUGCUGUUUAAUAAAUAAUUAAAAUUUUUAUGACAAAAUCCCUCCCCCUCCAGUCAGGGCCUCAAGGUUUCUUGCAGAUCGGCACCGAGUUGAAUUUUGUAGGGAAUUUUGAAACUUGGGUAGUUUUUGAAUAUAAAGGUGCCAUCUUUCUGAACCAUGGGGACCCCAGAAACGUCUCGAGAGCCAUGCCCAGAUCGAAUUCUUGAUGAUAUUGGUGGUGCUUUUGGUAUGGGUGCCGUUGGAGGUGCAACCUUCCACUUCUUGAAAGGCACAAUUAACUCCCCUAGUGGUGCUCGGUUGAUUGGAGGAACUCAAGCUGUGCGUAUGAAUGCCCCUCGUAUCGGUGGUAGUUUUGCUGUUUGGGGUGGUCUUUUUUCCACCUUUGAUUGCACAAUGGUGUACGUCCGGCAAAAAGAAGAUCCAUGGAACUCGAUUAUAGCUGGUGCUGCCACUGGAGGGUUUCUUUCAAUGCGUCAAGGACUUGGUGCUGCUUCCAGAUCGGCAAUGUUUGGUGGGGUUUUGCUUGCCUUGAUUGAAGGAGCUGGGAUCAUGUUGAAUAAAUUUCUCAGUCAACCGCAGAUGCCUAUUAUGAUUGAAGAGCCAGCACCAAAUGCAGCUGGCAUGCCUGGAUUUCCAAUGGGGCAAUUGCCAAACCAAGCGCCUGUAUCAGUUGACAGUUUGAGGCAGGGCUCACCGUCAUCAACAUCAUCACCGUCAUCAUCAUCAGCUUCCUCAUCUAACUCUUCCUCUUCAUGGUUUGGAGGACUUUUUGGAGGCGGAAAGAAGCAGGAGUCGGCAACAAGUAGUGGAACUAAGACAGAGGUUUUGGAGAGCUUUGAUGCUCCUCCUGUGCCAUCAUUUGAAUACAAAUAAAGUGGUGACUAGCCAUUUUCUCACUGUUGUCAACAGAGCUUAACUUCUGCCACUAAAAUCCCGCUUUUAUUUUAGUGCUUUGAAGUGUUUGAACUUGUUGAGAGUUGAAUUUAUCAUUAUAAUUGAAUCAAUGGUUGUUAUUGCUUUUCUAUUCUUCUUUCCCCAUUCAAACCAUACAUCUACAUGUCUAUACCGCUGAUUCACUUCAGUCAAAUAAUACCCAAUGUUUUUGGA